GUUUGCUGUAACUAUAUACUUUUAUUUAAAUGUCUUUUCAAAAAGACAAAAGUAACCUUGAUAAUAAAAAUGUCGUUUAUUAUUAGUAUUAUUAUUGCACCCCUAUUCAUAAAAUAAAUUUUUUCUUAGCGGAGGUGAUUUGAAUAAUUAAAUUGUAGUUGUGUUUUGUUUUCAUUUAUAUUUAUAAUUUAUAAUAUUUUUCAAUUUUAUAAAAAUAAACAACUCAUACUAACGGGAACAUAUUCAAAUUAUCUUUUAAAUACAACGUAUGUAGCGUUAGCUUUUUCAGUUCACUGCUCUAUAUCUCUCUCUGCCUCUGUCUCUUUCUCUCCACUCACUCUCUCCACAUUAGAUUGUAACUUCUCGCCGUAGAUCUGAUUUCCGAUCUAGUUCAGGAAUUUCAAGAGAUAAUGGGUCGUGGAGUUAGCAGCGGUGGAGGUCAGAGUUCUUUGGGAUACCUAUUUGGAGGCAACGAAGCUCCUGCACCAAAACCUGCUGCAACCAAUGUGGAGGCUCCUCCGAGGAAUUCAGCACCUACAAGGAAUUCAGCUCCACCGGCAAGUACUGUGGUUGCAGACAAGUCAUCUGCUGUUGCACCAUCUGGCGACGCCCCCAAGCAGAUUCCUGCUGGCAUCCAGGGUAGCCAGAAAAACAACAACUACUUCCGUGCUGAUGGCCAAAACACUGGCAAUUUCCUCACGGAUCGACCAUCCACCAAAGUUCAUGCUGCUCCAGGAGGUGGAUCUUCCCUGGGAUAUCUUUUCGGAGAUGGCAAGUAGUUUCUUUAUACCUCUUCCAAUUCAAAGAUGAAAAUUGUUGUUUGCUGUGUUUGCUUGGUUCCCCUCUGAAACAGGGGGCGGGCAUCUAGUAGCUUCAGACAUUGUGAAUUGUAAUAUAUGUUAUUUUUGUUUUCCUAAAUCGAGUGUUGCUUCUCUGGCCUCGAACGAAGAAGUUACUUGCUGCUGUCUGGAUGCUAAUGGCAGAUUAUUAAUUGUAAUAUUUUACUUUUCCAUAUUGCAAUGUCAAUUGUGUUGAUGAUUCUUGAGUA